AUGACCCAGAUUGCUGCGAGGAUGGGCAAGGAUGGUGGUGGUCCAUCAGAGUGCGAUAAUGCCUACCAUAGCGACGAGGAGAUGGUUGUUGCGCUCUCUACCGGGUGGUUCAAGAACAUGGCACGUUGUGGCCACCGCAUCAAGAUCACUGCCAAUGGAAACUCCGUGUAUGCAAAGGUGGUGGAUGAGUGUGAUUCUGUGUAUGGUUGUGACGACGAGCACAACUACGAGCCACCCUGCCAGAACAACAUCGUCGACGCCUCACCAGCGGUCUGGAAUGCCUUGGGGCUUGAUCAAAAUGUUGGUGAGUUGGCCAUCACCUGGUCUGACAGCGACAACUAG